AAUCGCAUUUGGCCGAAUUACAGAAUAGAACAAGCACGUACUCGAACACCAUCCAGCUGAAAAAAAAUCAGGAAUUUGUUUAAAUAAUCUGAGAGAUCAAAAUCGAUUUGUUCAAAUAAUCUGAACAUAACAACGUGAUCUAUCAUAAAAAAUGAAUGAGGAGGAAAACAGUAUACAUCCAGCCUUUUUUGCUUUAGUGGAAAAAGCACUGGCUUCUGAGUUUAAGGGUGGGCCCGUAGAAUUGAUUAAGGUUGCUUCUGAAGCUGACUUUGUUCACCCUCAUUCUGGACAUUAUUUCACGUUUCGUCUUCCAUUUUCUGGAAAAUGUGUUGACUGGGAAAUAAUUUUCGAUCCAGAAAACCCAGCCCAACCACCUGAUUUUCUUUGUAUGGAAGACAUAAACUGUGAUCCUGGAAUCUACUGCCAAAUGGUACAGUUUUGGGAUUCACAGCAGUCUGAUUGCUUAGUUGAACUGUUACCUCAGUUAAACAAGAUCUACAAAAGAUAUCAAGUCUCUCAAAUAAUGACUUUUUCAAAAUCAGCUCAAAUCUAUCAAUCAUUGGUGAAUUCUGGUGUAAAAGAGGAAAAUAUUGAAGCAUGCUACCUCCCUAAAGAAAGAAAAUUUCACUUUUUAAUAAAGUUGAAUACCAGCAGCGAAGGGUUGCCAAUAACAAAAGAACUUGGUAGCAGCCUUAUUUAUGCUGGCCUGCUGUAUUCCCUGGGUAUGGAUGGUAAAAUUCUAACCCAUUCAUUAAUUAUCUCUCCCUGUCUUGGACAUAUUCUUGGUUCCUAUGUGGACCAGUUGCAACUUACCUUCUCAGCCAGUCAAACUGUUGAUGUUAACGUCCUGCACGAGUUCAAUGCCACAUUAGAUCGAGUUCUGAAUAAGGUUAGACAGAAGCAUAAAAGAGGCCGUGAAAUUGUCUCUGCCUUACUUGGCCUUUAUCCAAGCAACGUUGUUUUUUACGACGAGGACUUGUAUUCCGAGAUUACCCUGCUCUUCAAGUGGGACGAUGCUCGUUAUGUUGCACAUCUCGAAAGUUUAGAACUUGAAGGCGAAACGAAACUGUAUCUCUUUGCAAUUGACUGUCCCGUCAAAACCAGUAAAGACGAAAAUAUUCCGUAUACAGAAACAGAGACAGUUACCUUCACGCAUAAGCCUUCGUCUCCUGGAUUUUCUAAGCAUCUCCACAAAACGCUGAGUUCAAAAAUUAGACUGUUUAUCAACAGAGCCAAAAAACACGUUUCGUCAACUUGAUCUGUUCAGUUUAAGCUGACAUAAUCGGUAACCAUUCUAAUAUUUGUUCAACAACUUCUUCAAUACAAAUAAUUCAUUUUCCUA